AUGUCGACCAGAGGCACUCGCACCGUCUAUCGCGAGCGCGAUAUCGAGCGCGACUAUGAAGAGGAGCCGCCCCGCCGCACCUAUACCACCGUCAAGCGGUAUCAGGUUCCCGAGUCCAUCACCCGCGCUGUCCACCAGGAAGACGACCAAGUCCAGGACAAGAUCGUCAUCAAGCGAGAACGCCGUGACGAUCCGCCUCCACCUCCGCGCAGCCACUACAGCCACCACACGACUCACCGCUCACACGACGACGACGUGGAGUGGAAGUUCACCGAGCGGAGAUACGAGCCCUCGCGCGAAAGAGACGAGCUAGAUUUCCGUUUCAUCGAGAAGCGGUCCGAGCGCUCGGCAGAUCCGCCCCGGCGAGACAUCAAGUACCGCGUGGUAGAGCGCGACAGCGACUACGAGCGCCCCCGGAGCGAGUUUCGUGUGGUAGAGCGAGACACGGAGAUUGCACGAGCACCCUCCCCGCCUUCGCCCGAGCGCGUGCGCGAAUUCCGUUUCGAGCGAGACCGCUCCUGGUCCCCGCAGCGUGAGCGACCCUACGAUCUCGAAAGGUACAGCAAGAGCACCGAAUACUUCGCUCAGCCACAGCCCAUCAUCAUUCGCGAGUCUGCGCCUCAGGCACCCAUCAUUAUUCGGGAAGAGCGCCGGGAACCUCAAAAGAUCAUCAUCCGCCGGGAGGAGCCCCGCUACGAAUUCAUCGAACGCAAGGACAUUGACGAAUCUCGAGACGAGAGUCGUUCGCUUGUUAGAAAGGAGCCGGAGCCGGAGCCGGAGGCGGAGCCCGACCCGGAGCCAACGCCAGAAGAACCUACGCCACAGCCUCAGAAACAGCCUGAAGAGGACUACUUCUACGAACGCCGUGUGGUGGAGCGCAGAAGACGAAGCGAUAGCUACGAACGUAAGACGGAGAUUCGGCCUCGUGACAGCGCAUCCAACUACAGCAGCGACGACAGCUACGAAUACGUCCGUCGUGAGACCAACGGCCGCGGCGGUGACGACAGAGAUCCGCGCCACAAGCGCCAUCUGGCCGAAGGAGCGAUUGCUGGCCUUGGCGCUGCAGAGAUCUUGAGACACCACCGGAAGAGCAACGGUGAGCCCGUUAGCGGACGCGGGCGCAGCGCUCUGGGAGGUGCAGCUGUAGGAGCUCUGGGCGCCGAAGCACUCACACGGGUUCGAAGCAUGAGCAGAUUCAGACGUGGGUCGAGCAGCAGGUCGCGUAGUGGCGACCGUGAGCGAGACCGCGAGCGACAGCACAGGCGCAAGCGCCGUUCCCGUUCCCGCUCUCAGGACGGCGGCGGCGGUCCACUCCAGAACCUCCAGGAUCUGUCACGUGCUCAGAAGCUGGGCGGUCUUGCCGCCGUUGCUGGAGUGGCUGCGCUCGCUGGAUAUGCGAUCAAGAACCGUAAUGACAAGAAGGAGACGGUCAUUGUUAAUGAAGGUGGUCGCCGGCGAAGCCGGUCACGCAGACGCAGACACAGUGUUGGCAGCGGGUAUUUCUCGGACGACGACCGAACCGAUCGACAGACGUCAGAGCAUCGCGAUCCAGACCACCGCAACCGUCGCAUUGCGCAAGCAGGUCUUGCCUCUGCUGCGGCUGCCGGUAUCUGGGAGAGGGUUCGUUCGCGCAGCCGCGGAGGAAGAGAGCGUAGUAAGUCUCGUGUUCGACAAGGUGUGCCGAUUGCUGCUGCUGGUCUUGGAGGAGCUGCACUUGCCGGGCUGUACGAGAAGAACAAGGCCAACAAAGAGGCCAAGAAGGACGCCAUCAUUGAAGAUGAAAUGGGCAGGGGGAGGCGACGGCACAGCCGAAGCCGGUCAAGGAGUAGGUCCGUCCCAGCUCCAUACCCAGAGGAGGACAGGAGGAGUGUUGACGGUCCGGGUUUGAUAGCUUACGGUCACGAUCCGAUCUAUCCUGACGAGCGCCACGGCCAAUACAGCGACGAAGAGCCAGCUCUCUAUCGUCGCCGUGGUGGCAGCAGCGGGAGCAGCCCCGACACGAGACGACGCCGUGACAGAAGCCACUCCCGCGGACGCAACCUUGCUGAGAUGGGGGCUGCUGCUGGCCCUGCUGGCGUGGCCGCUCAUGAGCUUGGCAGGCGUCGUGAGCGCAGCAGAGCUGACCGGGAGAGAAGAAGUAAGUCUUCACGCCUUCGGCCCUUGGAUGAUGACUGACUUGUGGGUGUAGGAGAAGAAGAUGACUAUUACGAUCGUGAGGGACCGCCCCCUCCGGGACCGGGCUACGGCGACGAGCCAUACAGUCCGCCGCCCCCAAUGGUCGACCAGGGUGCAGCAUACAACCCUAACAACUACCAAAACGUUCCCUUCGGCCAGCAACAACCCGCAUAUCCAACAAGUAACUAUUUCCCGCCGCCACCUACUGGAGAGCAGGCACAAGACGAUCCCUACGCUCAUGCUCAAUCGUCGCCAAACUCGUAUCCUGCAUAUAAUCCAGCGGAGUGGGCUAACCAGCCUCCUCAACAACAUCCCUACGGACAUGAUGCAUAUGGUGAUGGCGACGCGAAUCCAGGACAUGCAUACCGGAACGAGAACUUCGCCGGUGACGCGCGAUAUGGACCCCAGGAUCCUGGCUACGAUCAGAGAGGCAGAGGCAGACCAGAUCCUGAGAAUGUGAGUGCGCCCAGCGAAGUUGACAAUGAGCGCGAGUCUCGGGCAGCGGGUACGUCCCGGGAGUCUCGUUUUUGAGGUAUUAAGUGUAUUUGAUUGUUCUGACUGAGUUCUUUGCAGAUGGUGUAAGCACGCCUCGCGCAAGGUCUGCCAGUCGCGUGAGAUUUGAUCUGGAAUCCAAUGUGACGCAUUCGCCCGAGCUAGGCCGACGCAAAGACGACGCCAAACGAGGAGAUCCCGCGGAACCCCAACACGGCAGCGACAGCGAGGAUAAGAGACAUCGCCGGCACAGGCGACGUGGCAAGGAGAGAGAGCGAGAUGGGGACUCGCACCGCGACCGCGACCGCGACCGCGACCGCGACCGCGACCGCGACCGCGACCGCGACCCGGAAGCGACGCACGAGAAGCACGAGCGCCGGAGAGAUGAGCGCGGGGAGGAUUCGGAGGAGGUGGAAGUACUCCCGGAUCGCUUCGACGAGAACGGCAACAAGAAGGCGGAGGACCCGUUGGCGAACCAGAUCAACCAACUGCUGUCGGGCCAGGGCGGACUGGGCGGGCUGUUCAAGGCCAUCACGGGAGGUAAUGACGAGCGCGAUGAUGAUAGCCGGACUAGCAGACGGAGACAUCGGCGCUAG